AUGUCAUCAACAUGGACCCACAACGAUUUAAAAUCUUGGAACGAUGCUAUCGGUGGCCUGAUACUCAAUAAACAACAUGAUGUGCCAGACUCCACUGGGAAAACUCCACUUUGGCAUGUUGCAAACUACGGAUAUGCCGACUGCGUGCGGGAAUUAUGUGCUGCUGGAGUGGUUAUUGAUCGGCAAGAUCGUUUUGGGCGGACUGCCCUAUUCCGGGCGGCAGUAGGAGGACAUACGGAAGCUGUUAGGAUUCUUCUCGAAUAUAAGGCCAACCCCGACGUCUGGAAACCAAAUCAACUUUCGCCAAUCUAUGAAGCUGUCAUGAACAGACAUAAAGAAGUUGUAGUACUACUUCUUUCCCAUCAACCGAGAAUUAACAUCCCUUUGACUGGCCCCACAUCCAUUUGGUCAGCUGUCGGAGACGACCAGCAAAUGAAGAAUUUACUGUCAAAGUAUGGAGUGACUCGGCAAAUAGCCUAG